AUGGCCGCUUGGCACCCUGCCAUGUAUUGUUUUAAUGGUACGACCCCGGGUCAGGUCAACUACAAUACCAACGAUGCAACGUUACCCUUGUACAUGCUCAGCCAGAGUGAUUAUUGGUUCCACGGUAUCAACAAGUGCAACGAAUUUCCUCCUGCAGACGGCGACUUCCUAGAACUUCCCGCCGGUGCAUCUUUUACUGUCGAGAUCGCCGACAACAGAGGUGUCACCACCUUAUCUGAUGACGGGAAACACGCUACCGACUGGCCCGAUGGCGGUACCCAUCCCGACAACUACUCGAUUACGAACCUAGGAGGUGCACCGCUGUCAUCUAGUGGAUGCAUUGCAGAGCCUAACUUCCACACACAAAAUCAAUCUAUGGCUGCCGGAUCGGCAUUUGCAAUUUCAUAUACUUCCAGCUUAAGCGAGGUCACAGUGGAUAACCUCGUGGUGUUUUCCGUGCGGUACAAGUACGGCGUGUUUUUCAUUUUCGUUGCCUGCCUCCUCGUUCCUGACGCUCGUUCCAGCACGCCAUGGAAACGGGUGACCAGCUACGACGUUCCUGCCGCGAUGCCCGCCUGUCCAGCGGAUGGAUGCAUAUGUGCAAUUCCCGACGGAUGUGGGCAGCCUAACAUCUACAUGGAGGGUUUCAAAUGCAAGGUCACCAACGCAACCUCAAUCACACCCGUCGGUACGCCAAAACCUCCCGUCUGGUGCGAGGAGGACCAGAGCCAGUGUGUCCAGGGUCCAAAACAGAUCAUGAUCUGGAAUCAAGCAGAAGGGAACAACAUUGAAGUGUCUGGAGACGACUUGAGUGGGGAACCAAAGAGCCCGGCGUAUAAUUCCAAGUGCGGGUUCCAGGACGGCAAGUACUGUGUUACGGGGGUUGAGUGUCUUGUCACUGACCUGUUGCGUUAUUUGUUUAUAGGUGCUCAAGAUGAUAUCUUCGCUUCAGGUGGCUCAUCGAGCAAACGGAUGGUUCACAAACGGGGGCGAGCCUCGUUCGCGUUUUGA